AUGAAAAUCUUGUGUUUACUGGCUCUCCUGAUUGGCUCUGCGGUGGGUCAAUGGGAGCCCAAUACUGCUUAUAACAGACAAGUGAUAGUUCACCUAUUCGAGUGGAAAUGGACUGACAUUGCUGAGGAAUGCGAGAGAUACCUUGCACCGAAUGGUUUCGGUGGUGUCCAGAUUUCCCCACCGUCCGAGCACCGUGAGGUGUGGAGUCCUUGGCGACCGUGGUGGGAGCGCUACCAGCCUGUCAGUUACAAGCUGACCAGUCGGUCCGGCCCGGAAAGCCAGCUACGGGACAUGGUCAAGAGAUGCAACAACGUGGGCGUCAGAAUUUACGUGGACGCCGUCAUCAAUCACAUGGGAGCCGGAGACUCUGGAACCGGUACGGCAGGCAGUUGGUAUGACGUUGGGACGUUGAGCUACCCCGGAGUACCGUACAGUAGCCUCGACUUCAACGUACCAAACGGAAAAUGUAACUCUGGCAAUGGAGACAUCCAGAGCUACCAAGACGUCAUUCAGGUCCGCAACUGUAACCUCGUGGGUCUGCCAGACCUUGAUAUCUCCAAGUCGUACGUGAGGUCCAAGAUCGUGGGCUACCUGAAUGAACUGAUCGACAUCGGUGUGGCCGGUUUCCGCGUCGACGCUUGCAAGCACAUGUGGCCCGGAGACCUGAAUGCCCUCUCCGGGUCACUGAAUGACCUGAACACGGCUUACUUCUCAGUAGGAUCCCGGCCGUUCAUCUUCCAGGAGGUCAUCGACCAGGGCGGGGAGCCCAUCACAGCGGGCGAGUACACCGCAUACGGCCGGGUGACUGAGUUCAAGUACGGGUUGAGACUGGGGGAGGCCAUGAGAGGCUACAACAAGUUGACUUACUUCAGCAACUUCGGAGAGGCUUGGGGCAUGCUCGCCGAUACCUCGGCCUUGGUCUUCGUAGAUAAUCAUGACAAUCAGCGCGGCCAUGGUGGAGGUGGAAACAUCAUCACCUUUGAAAACCCACGCCUUUACAAGAUGGCCAAUGCCUUCAUGCUCGCCUUCCCUUACGGCAUCACGCGUGUUAUGAGCAGCUUCUACUUUAAUCACGACACUGAUGCAGGUCCACCGGCUGACGAGAACGGGAACACGCAGUCCGUUACCAUCAACGCAGACGGUACAUGUGGCAACGGCUGGGUGUGCGAGCAUCGCUGGAGACAGAUCAAGAACAUGAUAGGUUUCCGUAAUGUCGCAGCUGGCCAGCCGCUUUCCAACUGGUGGAGCAAUGGUAACCAGCAGAUCGCCUUUGGCCGCGGUGAUAAGGCCUUUAUCGCCAUCAACAACGACGGCCACACCUUGUCUGAGACUCUAUACACCGGAAUGCCGUCUGGAGAGUACUGUAACAUUAUUCUGGGUGACUUUGACUCUUCGUCAGGUUCCUGCAGCGGACCCACUAUCCAUGUUGAUGGGUCCGGCUACGCAUACUUCAACGUGGAUACCGGAGACGACCCUGUAGCGGCUAUUCACACCAAGGCUAAAGUUGGUGACUCCAGUGGUUCCCCAGUCAACCCAAUCGACCAUAUCAAUCCAGGAAACCCCACUGGCAGCCAGCGCACUGUCAUUUUUAUCAAGAAGCAUACAAUCAUAGGUCAAGACCUCUUCAUCCGUGGUGGGAUCGACCACACCAAGAGAGGCGGUUGCACGUCCAACGCAGACACCAGUGCUUGCGCCUUACCCAUCCAUCACAACAUUGGGGGUACCAACACCAAGUUCAACGCCUGGAAGUCAGGAGACGAUUUCCUGGACUGGUACGGUGCAGAGAGUGACCAGAGCAGCUACGAAGGAAGGACGGCCGACGGUACACCCCUCGUCUGGACGACAAACAACCCAACCAACGGAGGCAACGUUGAGGCCGACGGCUACGGAUACACGCCCUUGAACAAGUGGGGCGAUCACUACUGGAUGGUGGACCUUAACGUGGACUGUGACCAGACAGAGGCUGGUUGGUUUGAGAUCAAGGCCUACCUGAAGAAUGGAGCUGGCUGGGAGAGCGACAUCUGGCAGGGUUCAUGCUCAGGAUCGGCAGGCGGGAGCAAACCAUACUCAAGUAACAACCAUUUCGCCAGAUGCGGCUACUUGAACAUGUUCGACUUUGGCUCAAAUUCAUGUACCAUAGAAAAUUUGUAG